AUGCGCCAGGGGUUCUCCAUAGAUACGAACGGCUUUUCCAAUGGUCUGGGAAGCAAUCAGUGCGAAAGGGGAGAUUCCCAUGUGUACGAGUACGAACGAACAAAAAAUCACGGUAUCGUUACUGAACGUAUUGGAGUGAACGAAUCGGUAAUUUUGACGAUCUACGCACACAUUGGGGCACUGAAAGCAGAGUCAACUCGGAAAUUUAGGGCGCUCCUUGAUCAACACGAGAUCUCCUUGAAUGCCAUUGUGAUGAUCGAUCCUCUCACGGCAUUGUCCCUGAGUGGCAAUGUCGUUCAUUUUGUCCAAUUCGGGUGCAAACUCGCCGUAAGGGCUUAUGAGGUUUACUCAUCAAAACCUGGCACAUCCGAGGAGAAUCUGGAGAUGGAGGGUGUUAUAUCUCGACUUGUUAGGACUGUGCAUGAUCUUGAGAGCCGUCUAGCUUCGGUGGGCCCUUCAACCUUUUCAGACUCGAUUUCGAAGCCAUCUCUACGAUUGCAGGAGAUUGCAGACACGUGUAAAAUGAUAGGCGAGGAUACUCUACGUUGA